AUGCGGUGGAUGAAGAAGAUGACACGCGGUGGUCCACGCCAAAAGGUUCACUUUGACUCGGAUGAAGUACAUGCUUGCACUGUCACAUGUGGUGGUCUCGAUACCGUUAUUGAGAAAUCAGGAUUCUAUGCCAAGAACACUGUCUUCUUAAACUCUGAAGUUGUCAACAACAUCCAUAAACGAGGAGGGACAAUCCUUGGAACCUCACGAGGUGGACAUGAUACAACAAAGAUUUUUGAUAGAAUCCAAGAUCGAGGAAUCAAUCAGGUUUACAUUAUUGGUGGAGAUGGAACACAUAGAGGAGCUCCAGUUAUAUAUAUAUAUAAUAUAUUAGGAGAUCAGAAGGCGUGGUGGCUUAAAGUUGUUGUGGUUGGAAUCCCGAAAAUAGUCAAUAAUGAUUUUCCGGUGAUAGAUAGAUCUUUUGGGUUUGAUACUGCUGUGGAGGAAUCUCAGAGAGCUAUCAAUGCAGCACAUGUUGAAGCAGAGAGUGAUGAGAAUGGUAUCGGUUUUGUUAAGCUCAUGGGUCGUUACAGUGGAUUCAGAGUGAUGUAUGCUACAUUAGCCAGCAGAGAUGUGGAAUGCUGCUUGAUUCCAGAGUCACCGUUUUACCUUGAAGGUGAAUGUGGACUGUUGGAGUUCAUAGAGAGACGGAUCAAUGAGAAUGGUCACAUGGUGAUUGUUCUUGCUGAAGGAGCAGGACAAGAUUUAAUGUCUAAAAGCAUGGAGUCUAAUACUCUUGAGGAUGCGUCUGCUCACAAUCUUCUUAAAGAUGUUGGCUUGUGGCUAUCACAAAACAUCAAGAUGGAAAUGCAGAUGAAUGUAAAUCAGGGAAAGCUAAAAUCCGAAAACAGAAACAUGAUUUUGCAAAGCUUGCUUUUGGAAAGAGUUGUGAGGUACCUUCUCUUGAAGCCAGAUCUGUGUCGUAUGAAUUCAAACGCAUCAGAGUGGAUCGAAACUCAUAAAUGCAUCAUAGGAGAACAUCAUGAAGAGAUUCACUCAACUAAG